GUUUGGCCCAAACGGACAAAAUGUUCUUCCCGCUGGAGUCCGUUUGUGCCAAAAGAACCGAAGCCAUGCCCCACCGUGAGCGCUCCAUGGCGGCGGCCUGAAGUCCGGCGGCGGCGACGGAAGCUUCAAGACCGGUGGCAGCGGAUCUUCCCCUAUCCGUUACAGCAAGGUCAAUUUCCAUCAUGAAUACAACUCAGAAAAUAGAACCAGCUGCUAAUGUUGCUCAACAAGCCUCACAAUUCAGACGAUGGGGACGAAAACAUCCAUUUGUUCGAUAUGGUUUGCCACUCAUUUCUUUGACAGUGUUUGGUGCAGUGGGUCUAGCUCAUCUUAUACAGGGAAGCAAAGAAGUAACGAGGGAAAAGGAGGAUAUGGAAUGGGAGGUUGUAGAGACAACAAAGGCUCUAAGCCGAACAGGACCGGUGGAAGGGGCCUAUAAGCCUAAGAAGCUCUCACUAGAGGAUGAACUGAAGGCUUUGCAGCAGAAGGUGGACAUAAACAACUACGACUACAAGAGAAUUCCGAAACCAAAUGAAAAUAAGUGAAGCAGUCCAUCUUUUUGUCCAUGAGUUAUGUUGAAUGCUGUCCAAAUGUCAAUGAGACCGAGAAGACAUUAUUUUCAGAACUCUGCUUUGUGGCCACCAGCUGCAGAGAAUUAGGUUGAGGAUCUUGAACUGUAGGAAUCAUUGUUUGUAGUGACACUGGGACAGCCGUGGAGAAGUAUAUGUAUGUCUACCUUGAGAUUUUUCAUCCAAUUUCGCUCCCAAAACGGACCAAUAAAUUUUAAACUGAGUGCUCUGGCAGGCUGGCAGCUGACCAUUCAAUAUGUAUACAUUUGUUCCUGUAAGCGAAUCGAGAUAUAUAUCACGACCAAUUGUUGGCAGAACACUAGAAAAAAUGGGGGGAAGUUAAAUCCUCCUAAACUUGAAAUUUGAAAGUUUGACAUUUGGUGUAUGGAUCAGA